GGUGGGGGAUGAUGAAAGGAAGCAGCCAAGCAAAUUCAGCAUAUGAAAUAACAAGACCAGUGGUCCUUGUACAGGGGCAGUUUCUGCCUCAUUCCCUUCACUACUUUCUUUCCAUUUUCUCACCUCCGCCGCAUCUCAAAUACCCCAAAUCAUUCAUCCCUAAACCCUACCUUUCAAACCCCCACACCCUCUCUCUACGUCGGUGCUUCAUAGAUUUCUGCAACAGUUUCAUAAGCGAAGCUCGUUAUCAGAUCAGAUCAUUAAAAAGAAUUUCGUUUUUUGUAGGGAGAGCUAAGCUGCUUAGUUAGCUCUCUCAGCUUAUUAAACCCCCCAUAGGUACUCCGCCCCUGUUUAUUUGGUGAGUUGUUACCAAUAAACAAUCAAGCUGUUUCAAUGGCAACAACUACACACUUGUGUGGAAUCAAGACUCUUUAUUGUUUUUCAAAGAGAGCUGUGCACUCCCAAUCAUUGUGCUCACAGCAGCGACUUAAUUUUGAUCCACUCACCGAAUUGUGUGGAGCUUUGAGGGUUCCAGCUCCAAGCAGGGGAAGAGGUCUAAGGGUGGUUUGUGAUGGGAGAAACAAUGAUGUUCUGGUUCAAACUGAACCCAGAAGUCCAGGUUCAGAAGGAUCAAGCAACCAACUAUCAUGCGUGAUGAAGUUUGGUGGAUCAUCAGUAGCCUCAGCAGAUAGGAUGAAAGAAGUUGCUGAGCUCAUUCUCAGCUUUCCAAAAGAGAAUCCUGUGAUUGUCCUCUCUGCUAUGGGCAAGACUACCAACAAGCUUAUAGUGGCUGGAGAAAAGGCUACAAACUGUGUUUCUAAUGUGUCUGAAAUUGAUGAGCUGAGCUUUGUGAAAGAAUUGCACUACAGGACAGUGGAUGAGCUUGGAUUAGACAGAUCACUCAUUAAAGACCACCUAGAUAAAUUAGAGCGACUUCUGAAUGGGAUUGCCGUACUGAAAGAGUUGACUCCACGUGCAAGGGACUACAUUGUUUCAUUUGGAGAGUGCAUGUCCACAAGAAUAUUUGCAGCAUACUUGAACAAAAUUGGUGUCAAAGCCCGCCAAUAUGAUGCAUUUGAUAUUGGUUUUAUAACAACGGAUGACUUUACCAAUGCGGAUAUUCUGGAAGCAACUUAUCCAGCUGUAGCAAAGAGACUACAUGGUGAUUGGAUUAGUGAUCCUGCAAUUCCUAUUGUUACUGGCUUCCUUGGGAAGGGUUGGAGAACUUCUGCAGUGACUACGUUGGGAAGAGGUGGUAGUGAUUUGACUGCCACAACCAUCGGCAAAGGAUUGGGUUUGCGAGAAAUUCAGGUGUGGAAAGAUGUGGAUGGUGUUUUGACAUGUGACCCUAACAUAUACUCAGGUGCAGAGCCUGUGCCAUACUUAACUUUCGAUGAGGCUGCUGAACUUGCAUAUUUUGGUGCUCAGGUCCUGCAUCCACAGUCUAUGAGGCCUGCAAGAGAAGGUGAUAUCCCUGUUAGGGUUAAAAAUUCUUACAACCCUAAUGCUCCAGGUACCCUAAUUACUAAAUCAAGAGAUAUGUCAAAGGCAAUACUGACUAGCAUUGUUUUGAAACGCAAUGUAACCAUGUUAGACAUUGUUAGCACUCGCAUGCUUGGUCAGUUUGGAUUCCUAGCCAAGGUAUUCUCCACUUUUGAGGAUUUGGGUAUUUCGGUUGACGUUGUAGCUACUAGUGAAGUUAGCAUUUCCUUAACGUUGGAUCCUUCAAAGCUUUGGAGCAGGGAGUUGAUUCAGCAGGAACUUGAUAAUGUCGUGGAAGAACUUGAAAAAAUUGCUAAAGUGAACCUCCUACAGAACCGAUCAAUUAUUUCGCUGAUUGGAAAUGUUCAGAGGUCCUCACUUAUAUUGGAGAAGGUAUUUCAUGUUCUUCGUACAAAUGGAGUCAAUGUUCAGAUGAUAUCUCAAGGAGCAUCUAAGGUGAAUAUAUCGUUGAUAGUUAACGACAACGAAUCAGAAAAAUGUGUGAGGGCUCUCCAUUCGGCCUUUUUUGAGAGCGAUCUGUAUCUAGCAGACCUAGUCUACACGAAUGGUUCGCCACCAAAUGGAAGCUAAGUUCUAUUUUUGUAUUUAACUGUCACCAACCUAAAACACUAGUCAAUCACAAAACUCCAUUGAGGUUACGUAUGCAAUACUAUACUCUUCUUUAGAGUUGUGUAGAUUUCUUCACAACUCUAUAAUGGCUUCCAGAUUUUGAUAAAAUGGAAUAUUUUAGAACCAUCUAAGUUUAGCUCAAUACCUUUUUUCUAA